AGUGCUGUGGGGUUAAAGAUUCAGAAAAGGCGCUCGACAAAAUAGGAGAGUGUUGUGUUUUAAAACAACAUUACCAACUGUUGAUGUAAAUUAAUCUGGGUGAGCGUCAAAAGUAAAUUGUCUUCCCGAGGGGAGAUUGAGCGGCUUUACGAAAGCGAAGGCGUGCUCUGCUCUUCUGCCAGAGAGGAACAGGUGGAAUAUCCUCGUAGGCUACUUCAGAUUGGAAUCACAUCCGCUAGGAGGUUCUGAUAUCAGUGGACCCCUCUGAAUCCUUCCUAAAUUUGGAUCUCCGCUGGAGCUAUAGCUUUUCUCCAAUAGCACUUGGGACAAUUCCUAACGUUCGAAUGCAUUUAUCACUGGAUAGCAUGAACAUGGUGGACGAAGGUUGCCUCUCGCCCAAUAACUUCCAUGAGAUGGUUAAAGGAGGUGGGGCGGCUGUGGGAACCCGAGUCCACAGCAUUGAUGUCAUCCUAGGCUUCAGUAAGGAGCAGGACCCCUUGCUUAACUCCUCUGGACAUGUUGGGCCCCAUAAAGUUGGAGUGGAGGGCCUAGGGGACCCCAGAAAGCAGGACCAAACCCACUCGUAUGGACACCUUUCCAGUCUGAGGGACAAUCCUGAGCAGCCCUCUUUUCAUGAUCCAGAGAUGUACUCGAACAAGUGUGAGGGGGGCAUGAAUGAACUCCACAAGGGUCUCGAUAGCGAGGCCAAAUCCCCGGAGCCCGCUGACGAGGAGCAGCCCAAGAAGAAGCACCGGCGCAACCGCACCACCUUCACCACCUACCAGCUGCACGAGCUGGAGCGUGCCUUCGAGAAGUCACACUACCCCGACGUUUACAGCCGCGAGGAGCUGGCCAUGAAAGUUAACCUCCCUGAAGUCAGAGUGCAGGUGUGGUUCCAGAAUCGCAGAGCCAAGUGGAGACGUCAGGAGAAGAUGGAUGCGAGCAGCAUGAAGCUCCACGACUCUCCAGUGCUGUCCUUCAAUCGGCCACCCAUGCACACCAACAUGGGACAGGUGACCAACUCUCUGCCCCUGGACCCAUGGCUGACAUCCCCACUGACCAGUGCCACGCCGGUGCACAGCAUCCCAGGGUUCAUGGGCCCGUCGCAGGGCCUUCAACCAGGAUAUACGAGCCAUGGCUUUCUAAACACCCAGCCAAUGGGCCAAGCAAUGCAGACAAUGGCCCCGCCACCAUACCAGUGCCCUGCACCUUUCACUGAUAAAUACCCGCUGGAGGAUGUGGAUCAGCGAAGCUCCAGUAUUGCUUCUUUGAGGAUGAAAGCCAAGGAACACAUUCAGUCCAUGGACAAAACAUGGCAACCCAUGUGAUCAGUUGAUAAAUGGUUGUCACCUAACUGUGUCCUUUCACUCUCCAGGGGGCUAUUUGAUAUUGAGCACAUGAUGCGGGCAUCGGGAACAUUUUAUAUUUUUGUCCUGCUUCCUUUCUUGGCAUUGAAACAGUGACAGUGGGUUUAUAAUACGGUCCCUCAUGGUUAUGGCUGGCGUGCAGGCUGGAGUAUGGAGCAUGAUACUGAAAUGUGUCAAGUUUCUUGAGUGCCAUUGAACACCUGCAUAUUUGUCAAACAAAUGAACCUGAGCAAAAGAAGGACUACGGCUGAAAUGGAGUAAUGGGAUUGUAAAAACUGGAGUGUUUAUGACAAAUCUUGUGAAACAAACAUUUUCAAGACUUGAUUUUUUUUUUUAUUUGUGUGCUGAUUUGUUUUUAAAUCAGCAGUAGUUUGUACUUUUUGACCAACCUUAUUGGUUUGGUUGUGUUUCUCAUCUCAUGGUUUAUCCCAAAGACCUCACUCUUUGAAAGAGGAUUGUAUGAGGUCACUGUUGUCUUCCCUGUCAAAGAACAGCAUGCUUAUAUGCAUUCAUCUGGUCUAAAGUUUAUAUGCAUCAUGGUUCCAUUGCUCAAGGUGUGAUCCGCUCUACCACAGGAAUUUGAUAACAUAAAUAUUUUUAUACCAGGCUUUAUAAGAAAAAAUAUAUAAAUCUAUUCUACAGAUGUACACAUUUUUUUUAUCACACAUUUAUCUUCCAAAUUGAAACGCUAAAUAAUUCUUGGCAAAAGCUUUGAGGUCCUGAUACUGAAGUUCCUGAGACCUGUAACUGCACAAAAAUGUAUGCAACUUUAAAGUUAGAGUACAUUAUGCAAAGCACACAUAGGCUACAGCUAAGGAAAUGAAUGAACUCUUUUUCCUUAAGGUAUGACAUAGCUACCCAUGUAUCAUUUACAUGUUGGAUUGUCAUGUAUAAUACUUCUUGAUAGAGUUUUUAGAUUUGGGAUUUAGUGGAGAGCAGUCUCUUUUGCAGAUCUGAGCAUACCUUUUAAAAUGCAAGGUUAAAUGUCUCAGAUUUGUGCUGUCAUAGAGAAACAGAAUUAGGGUCUAUAAUUGCAGGUUUAUGUCACUUUUGUUAUAACAAUGCCUAACAUGUAUAUCAACCUCCUGGAUGUUGGUAUGCUUCUCAAUAAUGAAGGGAUGAGUUGCAUACAAUAUGAAUAAUGCUCAAUCCCCUUCAGGGAAUAGCAUAGUAUUGACCCUGGUAUUUUGGUUGGAUUUGAUGACUUAAUAUUACAAGUCCAAUAAACUUUUACGAACGGCUAUGACGGAACUGUUGGCAGUCGCCCCAAAAGUUACUUUGACACUCAAGAAUUGGUAUAAUGUGAAUCUGUCAAGGGGUUUGGAGAUGUAGGUGGAAAAUAGGUUUCGACACAAAGCAUCUCAUUUUAUACUGUUGAUUGUAUAUCCUGGAGUGGUUCCAAUCCUGACCAACUAGCUGGUGCAUCCGAGUCACAAGCAGUUUUAAAUAGUAGGGCACUGAAGCAGCAGAGGUCAACCAUAGAAGCCUCUUUGCUUCAGUGGUCAUUAGAGGAGAAAGCCUGUUGGCAGCUCAACCCUUCCAUCUCGGUCUGUACGUGCAGAGGAGCAGAAGGGGACCUGACUGAUGUGUCACCCCACUAGGCUUCGCCAUUGUUCGGCUCAAUUGAUCCAAGCCCAUCUCCUUUGUUUAAAGUUCCUAAGGAAAAACGGUCAUGGGCCACACUACAAGGUCUCUACACCAGCACUCAGAUAUGGAAUAAUGAAAAAAAAAGAAGAAAAAAACGACAUUGUCUCUAAAAGACAUUUUAAAAUAAGGUCUGGGGUGUAUGGGCUCUUUUGCUGAACUCCACUGACGUGUAAUUCCGCUACUGUUCACCACAUUAGUCAUGUGAAAGUAAUUAUGCACACUGACCCUGAUAAAAGUGAUCUGUUUUAAUUGAAUUCCCCAUUGUUCUCCUCAGCUUUGUUAAGUAGCAUCACAUUCUGAAAGGUGCCCUGAAGAUGAGUGUACUGUAUUUUCAUAGAGGGGAAAAGGGAGGGUAAAAGCCCUUCCACACAGAAGUGCAAUUGGACUAUUUUUUGAAAGGAAACUUGAAUAGUCUGUGCUGACAGGCAAUAGCAAACACAAUGUUCACAGUCAAUUCCAUUUUUUUCUUCUUCUCCUGCUGGUCCUUUUUAAAAAAAAAUAAUUUUGGUGGAACACAGGGUAUCAGCCUGUUCAAAAGGUAGUGAAUUUUUUUUAAUUGUUUUCAUAUAGGAUGUCCUAUUAAAAGUGUUGUUGUGUUUUUUAAGGAGUAUCUCUAUUUUAUGGAGAGAGAGAUAUAGUUGUUUGAAUACCAAUGAGCUAUCCUGAAUUCCCUACUUUCCCUUUUAGUUUCAUCACCUUGCCUCUGUCUUCCAUGCAAAGAAAAAAACAAACCAACACAAAUCCUGAAAAAAAAAUCAUUCGCUAAGCCAUGCAAAACUUUUAUUCCUGCCUUUGAUGACAUAAUUCUUUUUUGGACUGAAUGUAAGCCAAAGUUGAAAGCUGUCUUACCCUCUGGAGGUAAAUGCACAGGUGAUCAACCUGUGGUCAUCUUUAAACAUACCAUAGUAUAGAUUAUGUAAUAUUCUGUAAUGUCAUUUGAUACAUUGUUGACAUCUUCAUGUCCAUGUUCUGCACAACUAUGAUUAAAAAUAAACUCUAGUUUGAUAGAUUUCACUGUCUGCCAUUUCUGUGGAACAGAAUUUAAAUUAAGCACAGGUAAGAGAUGUGAGCGCUGAAUGUACUGUAAACUGUCAUACACUUCUAUAAACAUGGUCCAGUUCUCAGCAUG